AACCUUAAAACAGGGGGAGGAGAAUAGUGGGGUGGGGGUGGGGGUGGGGGUGCGAGCAGCAUAUAAGUGCAUCAGGAGGAAUUUUUAAACGACCUUAUUGUCUCUAGCUUUAGAAAGGCUACGAGGAUUUCCUUUUAACGCCAGCAGCUGUUUUCCCUCGAAACUUUGCUUUCCGCUAGAGAAUAUAACAUGAUGUCUCUUACGCAAGUGAGAAAGGAAAAUGUAUGCUGAUAAAUCCAGAUGCGAAGCAAAAGAAGGCUUAACUCUGUGGAUGGUAUUAGCUGUGACGAGGCAUUGUUCACUGCUGCCUCUUGGUUACGUUUAAAGGCUGAAAUAUCACGAGAUCCAUUCAAUGAUCCUUUUCUCAUUCAAGGGACAAAAUGUAAUUUGCUGUAGCUCUGGUUUCUUGGAGGGGAAUACUAUCCUUAGAUUUCAAAAGGAAGAACUAGAUGUGGUUUGUACACACAUUGAUUAAGUUGAAGAGCGGCGAUUACAUCUGUGCAGAGAGCAACAGUAGUCUAGGGGUGGCUUUUCAAAUCUCAAACCUACUGAGUUACAGACUCUCCUAAAUAGACUUCCUUAAUUUCCGGAUGCACUUCUGCAAAUUCCCAGUUCUCGCCAGAAUUCCUGCGAAAUUGGGAGGUUGUGUGCAUUCUACUUUGUAAUGCAAAACUAUCGACAAUUAUUUUUUAAAAGCGAUCCUUGUAUUUAUUUCAGCUAUAACUGAUGGUGUAAUACGAGCUCCACUCACCAUAUUGCCAAUCUAUAGAGUGGAUAAUGGAACUUUUGAAUUCGAAGGGAAAAAUUAGUCCCAGAAAUAUGAGAUGUUUUCUUAAUCACACGGAUGUGUCUAAUUUUGGAUAUGCACUAAACUACUGCUAUAUAUAAGUGCUUGUGUUCUAUCCAGUUUUCAGUUGAAAACUGAUUAUGGGCGGAUAGUUAUUUUUGCAGCUUUUGACAUGCAAACCGCAAACAUCAUUUUAACGCACGAAGGAAGAGGUUUGCUAACAUUGCAACAUGUUCGAAAUCAUUUGUGCCUGACACUGAAGUAUUGUAACGUCACUGCGAAGAGGUUACACCUUCAUGCUGCUUCUUCAAAAUGAUUUUAAAGGGUUGGUAUAAAUGGAACAUCUAAAGUCUGCAGGUCUACCCCAAACUGACCGUGCUGCAAACCAGAAGUGCCCUGGACCGUUGCAAUAUUCUAUAUCGUGUGCCAGCACUUUUCUGUUAUUACGUAAAGCCUCUGGAAGCACCUUGGAUAUUUUACAUUCUCUUUUCUCUACUGGAAGCAGUCAGCACACGAGAAUCCUAACGUGGAGUCUGGGACUCUAGGACAUUCCAGCUUGUGAUCCAGCACGGUUAAUUGUGAAAAGUGUGUACAUUUCUGGCUUAUCUAUGCUUUGUUAUGGGUCUGACGUGAGCCCACGUCCUCCUUCCCCUCCCCCAAUAUUACAGACAGAAUUUCAACUACAGAGUGACAGUAUUACGGUGUUGGAAACCUUGAUAUGCAGAGCAAAAAACAAACUUAGCCAUUGACUGUAGAACGACAAUUAAAUAGAAGAGGAAAAUCAAGAGAAACUCGAAAAUCAGGAUGCCUUGAGACAAAUACAACAUCUGGCUGAGGAUUGUGUGUGUGGCUUUUUUUCUUUAUUUCUGCAAAUGCUGGGAAUAAUUUAAUUCACGAAAUGGGAGACUUGAAGUCGGGUUUUGAAGAGGUGGAUGGCGUGAGGCUCGGCUACCUCAUCAUUAAAGGAAAGCAAAUGUUUGCACUCUCUCAGGUUUUUACAGACCUGCUCAAAAACAUCCCGAGAACUACAGUGCACAAGCGAAUGGAUCAUUUAAAAGUAAAAAAGCAUCACUGCGACCUGGAGGAGUUGAGGAAACUCAAAGCCAUCAACUCCAUCGCUUUUCAUGCAGCCAAAUGCACACUGAUAUCCAGAGAGGACGUAGAAGCUCUUUACACAUCUUGCAAAACGGAACGAGUCCUUAAGACAAAAAGGAGGAAAAUAAGCCGGUCAUUGUCAACAAAAGAUCUCCAACCGGAGCACACAUCCACCGACCCCUACUCCAGCUUUUGGAAAGAGAACAAACUCUGGCUGGGUUUGAAUGAAUCGGCUCAGCCUCUGCCAAUUAGAAGAAAAGCUUUGCGUCCCGGGGACACAGGCUUGCUACCGGCCUCUGAUCUACCUCACAUUUUUAGUAAAUACACUGGUCACAGCUACCCAGAAAUCGCUCGGACGCCUUGCAAACCCCCUUUAAACUAUGAAACUGCCCCGAUCGUGGGCAACUAUGUCACCUUUCACUCGGAUCCCCCUUAUUUUCGGAGCGUCCUUUGCAGCAAGCACCCGGCUGCUGCUGCUGCUGCUUAUUACCAGUCCGCCGCCGCCAUCGCGCAGACCAAGCUAGCGGCGGCGGCGGCUGCAGGGAGCCCUGUGGGUUUGACUUACAGAUACAAAAGGAAAAGACCGUGUGAGGCCGCCCAAAAGGACUGUUUAUUAAACACCCCCAGCAGCGCCAGGCGGCUCCUGAUCGUGCCCAGGCCCUGCAAGCCCAAAGGAGCUGCAGCAAGCACGGCCGCUUGCCUGGAGAGAUUUCACCUCGUCAAUGGCUUUUGCACUUCUCCGCAGCAGCCGCAGCAACAGCAUCUGGGCAGCUUCCCCGAGAGCUACAGCAGUGACUCGGAGUCCAGCUCUUACUCCGACCAUGUGGCCAACGACUCUGACUUCGGGUCCAGCCUCUCCAGCACCAGCAACUCCGUGUCCUCGGAGGAGGAGGAGGAAGACGACGAGGAGGAAGGCAGCGGCGUCUCGGACUCCAGCGAGGUCAGCUCCGAGGAGGAGGAUACGACCUCAGACUCCGACUCCAGCUCGGUUUCCAGCCAGGUCUCGGUGCAAAGCAUCCGCUUCAGGCGAACCAGUUUCUGCAACCCCCCCAGCAUGGCCCAGGCCAACUUCUUGUAUCAUUUGGCCACGGCUGCCCCCACCAAAUCGCCAGCUUUCGAGGAGGCAGGCAGGCUUCCCGACCUCAAAAGUGCUCAGUGUGGUGUCAAAUCGGAAUUGCCAGAGGAAUGGAGUCAUCAAAGCUGGGCAUCCAAAGCACCUCCAGUGUGCUGCUCCAGCAGCCUUGGAAGUUGUUUUGCUGAGAUAAGGAAUGAUAGGGUAUCUGAGAUCACAUUCCCACACCCUGAAUUUUCCAAUAAUGUAAAGAGUACUGACCUAACAAUUAACUGUGCUGCAAAGGGGGCCUCUUCACCUAGCCCAAAGACAAACAAUGCAUUUCCACAACAAAGAAUACUCAGAGAGGCAAGGAAAUGCCUUCAAGCAACAACUACACACUGUGCAGAUAACAAUACAAUAGCUGCUAGGUUCUUAAAUAAUGAUUCUUCACCAACAGCAGCAAAUUCAGAAGAAGAUUCCAAAAUCCCUCAUUGUAUUGAAUUUGCCACGGAUUUACCCUCUUUGCAAACUGAUCGUGCUUCUACAACAGCAGCAGCUGAGCUUGAAUGCAAUGAUCCGGGCAAUAAGGCAUUGCCAUUCCUGCACAAUAUUAAAAUCAAAAUAGAGGAUAGCAGUACGAAUGAAGACUAUGAACCUGACCUUUCAAAACAUAAGCUAAAGUGUGAGUGCAAUGAUACUAAGGAUGAAUUUAACGGUGUGACUGAGAGUAAUAACCCGGACGUUUUAUUAACAGCCCAGGAAGAUUCUGCAUGCACUGAGAAAGAAACCACUUCCUUAAACACGCUGACUCAGAGUCAGGUCCUUUCAUGCACUUUAGGUACUCCAAAACCUGAGGAUGGGGAGUAUAAAUUUGGAGCGAGGGUGAGAAAAAAUUACAGGACAUUGGUUUUGGGAAAGCGACCUGUACUGCAGACUCCUCCAGUCAAACCAAAUUUGAAAUCAGCUAGAAGCCCACGUCCUACAGGUAAAAUUGAGACACAUGAAGGAACACUGGAUGAUUUUACAGUUACCAAUAGACGCAAAAGGGUAGCCAGCAAUGUAGCAUCAGCAGUGAAAAGGCCGUUUAAUUUCAUGGCAAAUUUUCCCUGUCCACCGUCACUAAUUAUUGGCAAUGAUGGGGAUUUGUUGCCAGCUUAUUCCUUAAACACCACUAAGGAUUCGCAACCACCUCACAAGGCCCAUCCUGUAUGGAAAUGGCAGUUGGGCGGUUCUGCAAUACCUCUUCCACCUAGCCACAAAUUCAGGAAAUUUAAUUAAUAAAAUAGUUUGGAAAAUACUUUCUUGAACCACCUUUACCUUUCUUUUGUUUUAAACUCGACAGGAUGGUUUGUACAAGCCCCUUAAUGCUUUACACACUUUUGGAGUCCUGUUUUAUCACAUUGUGAAGAUAGAAAUCGGAUUACUAUUUUCUUUUCCAUUACAGUCUUUAUUUGUUUGUUUGUUUGUCUGGGUAAUUUUUACAUUCCACAGAGUACUUCAGGCUAAAGACUCAACUUAAACUCAGUUAUUAUCGUAGAGCUGGAACACUUUACUGUUUAAAUGCUAAUAAUGCACCGGUACCUCAAUUCAACUGCUACAAAUAAAUGUCAAAAGGUUGAAUAAUAAAUAUUAGAAUGAGCCAUUAAAUUUAUGCACUAGAUUUCGAAAAUGGAAGUCGAACUGUUAAUUCAGUUAAAGUUUGUUAAGUUACUUGGUUGCACAGUAAGGGUUCACUAUAAUUCAAUGUGGCAGCAGUCUCUACUUUUCGGGAGCUUUGUUUUCCAGAGUAGGGGGCUUUUUUUCCAAGAGCAGUUGCAUUUACUAAUUUUUCUAUGGUUUGGAAAGGUUGGGGUUGGAGUACAGCUGGAGCACUGGAAAAGCUGCCUCAUCUCAAAACUAGUAAAUAAAUAUGGAAUUCUGUUUUUGGUAAAGGGUGUCUUUUUACUUGUACAGUCACUCUUUGCAAUUGGAAAGACUUUUUGCUUCACCCCCAAAGUCUUAAAUACGGUUACUGUUACCCACUAAUGUCCUACUUCAAUUUUGAUCUGAACAUGCCCCUUACUAACUUGCAAAGCAACUAAAAUAUUUGUCUGUAUAGCAGUACAAUUUAUGGUCUAACCUCUCACACUCGAUGGAGGAAAUAGCAAAGCGGUAAAUGCAACACAGAAAGUGAAACGUGAGGCCAUAAGUGGAAAGAAUACACAAAAUGAGAAUAUCAUGUUAUUCAUAGCUUUUUGGCACCAAAACUCAGGCAUUUAGACCUUAGUACACUUCACUGUUUUAUCCGAAUCUCUUGAAACUUGAGUUUUGCAAUACCAUCCUAUCUAUGUAGCAGAAGCAUUUCUACUGCACGUGACAAUCAGAGGCAAUUAUCUAUAUUUGCACUUAAUAUCGAAAUAGUUUAACAGGUAGACUUCUAGAGUCUAGCCCUGGGUAAGACAUGCUGGUGUAAUAUGUUGUGAUGAUGGAAGCAGUAAAUCAAAAUUAUGAAAAUUUGCACUGUUGAAAAGCAUGCUUUAGCUUUAUUUUCAAUUAAAAACACUGUUUAAAAAUUCCUGAUUUCAUACACUUCGACUUAUUGCAGAGUUGUCCAUAAUUUCCUCUUCAUCUGAAAGUUUAAGGUUUUUAUUUGGAGGAAAUACGCUUCCAGAGCUUAUUUUUGUUUUGUUUUGUUUUUAAAUAAAACUGUUAUUAACCCAAUUUAAGGCAGUCUUGAACAAUGUAGAGUUUAUAUUUUGGGAGGGAAAUACGUUCCAAAGUUAUAAUAAAAUAGUUUGAAAAGUUGUGGAUUUGAAAACGUCAGUUACAAUUGGGCUGCUGAAUUAGCAGAGUUUGAGAUUAAAAAUUGCUGGGUUAAUCUUCAUUUACAUUUUAUUUAUACUAGAGUCUUUUCCAAAUUACAUUUUAGAGAUUCCACCUCUUCAUUAAUUCCGGGAGAAUAAUUUAUCAUAAAUCAAAAAAGAAAAAAAAAACAGCAAUGAAAUGUUUAUUGUGUGACUCAGAGUCAACAUUUCUUAUGGAAAUUCACUGCCUAUUUUUUAUCCUCUACCCUCUUUGUCUCUAAAUAUUCCAAGUAGACACUGGCUGCUUUCAGCUCUAUUUACUAUAUAUAUGCACACCGUGGUUUUCCUCUCAUUGUAAAAGACCUCUUCUAAGAAUACCUGCAGCCAAAUAUAUUUAGAAAGAGUAAACAAUUGCCUUUCAAUUGAUUCACCCUUCCCCCCCAUACACACACUUUAAGUUGCCAAUUGCAAAAGGUGCAUUGCAUACUUAACCUGCUCAGCGGAAAUUAUGGUGGCCGUUAAAAAUCUGUUUACUGGAUGAAGUUGUUCUGAAAUUAAUGUUUACAUUCGAGUGUUUGGAGCUGCAUAAAUUACAGGCUUAUUUCCAGAAAUAUGUAAAUACGUACACAAUUUACUGUUCAGGAAAAUCCCCUGGCUCUUUGGGAAAGCAGGGUUUGAUUGAACAGGGUCUCCCCUUGACAGAAAUCUACAAAGCUACAAUAUGCAAGCUUAAAACCUGAAAUUUCCCCUUAUCUAUUAAACAGUACGUAUAUCAUUUUAAAAGUAGCUUCCUCCACUGACCCUGUGUAUUUACAAUUAGAGACAUGUUGACUUGACCCUAACUUAUAAAUAGCAGAGACGAUUUGUUUUGACUCUCUAACUAAUAUUGGGGAAAGAAACAAAGCACAAAUUCAGACCAAAUACAUUCAAUGGAGUUGAAAACGUAAAAUAUGGCGCCCAGCUCUGAUAUUAGCUCUGUCGCCCUACAUGAAUUAAUAGUUCCAGUUUAUGGAAGCUGGAGAAUGAACACCACCAAGCCAAAUACACUCCUGAGUGUAUCAUUCCUGCAGACUUUUCUGCUGAAGUAUGAUGAAUAAAGGCACCAUCAAAAGGCAAGAAGUUAAAUGGCCAAAUAAUUGUCACACGUGUACACCUCAGUUUAGUUUCAAGCCACUAGCAAGAACAUUUGAGUUUUUACUUCUGUCAGAGUAAUCUGCCAGGUACAAGAAUGUACUGAAAAAGGUAUUAUUUCAAAUCCCUGGUAGUUUGGGAGCUGUUUCUCAUUGUGUUGUAAUAAUUAUUGCGAACACAGUUUAUUAUAAUUUUAGACUUGAUGAUGAUAAUAAAAUAAAAUUACUGUUAUAAAUAGCACAUUUCCCCCCAAUAAAGGUAAGUCUUAUGAGGAAGACAAGGGUUUUCUAGCCAGCGGGAUUAUGGUAUUGCUGUAAUGUUUGUAGGAAAGAGAAACUAAAGGGUAUCAGCUAUGAAACUUGACAGUUUUCCAGUUUCUUGAUGUACAAUGCAUAAAUCAAUAAAAUGAAAUAAAAGAAUAAUCAUAAAUAAAACACACCUAGGAGAGUACUUGAACUUGUCUGGAACAUUAUUCCAGAGAUUUUGCUACAAGUAGAGGCUACUGAUACAUUUAUUGGGAAGAUUUCUGCGACCACAUUGAAGACAAAGGAAGUUUUGGACUAUGUCUAAUUCUCUAGAGCAUUCAAAAAGGGAACAUGUGUAAUGCCUUCAGCAACCAGGUAUAUUGCCUUAAAAGAUGUAACUUUCAGUUUACAACAAUUUACUUUUAAAAGUGAUUGUUCUAUAAUAUACACUUACUUGACUACAGUGGGAUAAUCUCUUUACUGGUUUAUUUAAAACGCCACUAUGUAGCAAUAAUGCAAAAAUGGUGGUGGCUGUUGUAUGACGUUUGCUGUUCAAUCAUUCACUUGGUGAUUUUCUGCAUGGUCUCUGACCUUUUUUCCUAUAUCAGAUUUAGUCGCCAAUAAAUUAAAGUUUCUGCAGAAAUAAGAA